GAAUGUUGGCGAAUGUUGGCGCAGUGCUAAACAUUUUACCAGUCAUUUCUUCUCCUAUCUCCAACAUACACCGAAAGCUCCGCUACGAAGUACACAAAUUCUUUGGAUGUGAAAUAUCGAUUUGCAGCGCGAGAAAAGUCCAUUAGCCCAAAAAACACACAAAAAAUUGAAUAACGUUGAAGAAAAUCGGAGUAUCUAACAAAAAAACAACUUCCAAGUGCAAAUCGAAAGUCCACAAAGUCGCUGAAUCGUUUUGGAAAACCAGUAAAACGCGUAAUUAAUAGCUCUAGUGAAAAUCGCAGUGUGUGACUUGACGACUGAGUGAAAAAGCGAAAGUAGCAGGGAUGGCGUUCGCAGGACUAAAGAAACAAAUUAACAAGGCGAAUCAGUAUGUGACGGAAAAAAUGGGUGGGGCGGAGGGCACAAAGCUGGAUAUGGACUUCAUGGAAAUGGAGCGUAAGACGGACGUCACCGUUGAACUGGUCGAGGAGCUGCAGCUAAAGACGAAGGAAUUCCUUCAACCAAAUCCAACGGCACGUGCUAAAAUGGCAGCCGUCAAGGGUAUAUCGAAACUAUCCGGUCAGGCCAAGUCCAAUACAUACCCUCAGCCAGAAGGUCUACUCGCCGAUUGUAUGCUAAUGUAUGGCAAGAAACUGGGUGAGGAUAAUAGUGUAUUCGCGCAAGCGCUUGUCGAGUUCGGUGAAGCGCUGAAACAAAUGGCUGAUGUAAAAUACUCACUGGAUGACAAUAUUAAGCAAAAUGUCUUAGAACCAUUGCAUCACCUACAAACUAAAGAAUUGAAGGAGGUAAUGCAUCAUCGUAAGAAGUUGCAGGGAAGACGCCUCGAUUUUGACUGCAAGCGUCGCCGGCAAGCUAAAGACGAGGAGAUUCGUGGCGCCGAGGAGAAAUUUGCCGAAUCGCUGCAUUUAGCGCAAAUGGGCAUGUUUAACUUGCUCGAAAACGACACAGAACACGUGUCACAAUUGGUAACGUUCGCUGAGGCGCUUUACGAAUUCCACUCGCAGUGCGCUGAAAUACUGCGUGGCUUGCAGGAGACACUUCAUGAAAAGCGAGAAGAGGCUGAAUCCCGACCAAAAGCUGAAUUUGUGCCCAAAACAUUGUUAGAUCUGAAUCUCGAUGGCACCGGCACUAACGAUACGGACAGCGUGAGCACACCGGCACAUCGGGCUUCAGCGGCAUCACCGCUACCCUCGCCCUUGCGCUCGCCAGCCAAAUCGCUGGUGCCGGGAGCUACGACACCACAACGCCAACAGCAACCAUGCUGUCAGGCAUUGUACGAUUUCGAGCCAGAGAAUCCGGGCGAAUUGGGCUUCAAAGAAAACGAUACCAUUACAUUGUUGAGCCGUGUGGACGACAAUUGGUAUGAAGGCUCUUUAAAUGGACGCACCGGCUACUUCCCACAGUCAUAUGUGCAAGUUGUGGUUCCACUGCCCAAUGGCAAUUAAGGGGAGCACGCUUAGCUGCUACAUUUGAUGAGAGCAAAGCACUUCAUCACUCCAUAAGCAACUAGUUGACAAACAAUAAUUAAUUAUUUAAUAUUAAAUUUAACGGUUAAUUAAAUUUAAAGCUACUUAAAAGCAUAGAAGCAUCAAAGAAAAUUCGCAAACAAAUUGAGAUGUGUAUUUAUUAUAAUUAUUAAACUCAAUGGAAAUUAUAAAAUUUAUAAAAAAAAUUUCAAAGAUCAAUUCAUAAAUACUUCAAUUACAAUUCAAUUUGAAAUCUUGGAACUUUUAAAAUGAUAUUUGUAACUUAUAUGAAACAAAAAUAACAAAAACAAAAACCGCAAAUUGAUUGUGCUACUAUGAGUAUUUAUGUAAUUCCUAACUUAUUGCCUACCUAUCAGCCUGUUAUCAUAAAAAGGAAUAUCAUCCAAAAUUGUUGUCAUUUUUAAGUCAUUGCAUACCCUAACCUACACAUACCUACACACAUACACAUAAAAGCAAACUUGUUCCCUAUUCCCCAUUUCUUGCUCUUAACUUUAACCUACAUUGUGUGUGUUGUUUUGUUAUUUAUAUUUAUAUAUAUGUAUUUAUUAAGCAUAAUACAAUAAUAUUAUAUACGUGUAUAUUUAUUAUAACUCUUACAUUAAUCGUAUAUAUGUUUUCGAGGCGAAGUAAAACAGACAUAAACAAGAAUAGAAAACUAAAACGAUAAAUAAAUAAAAAAAACACGAGAGCGAGAGCUCUCUAAUUCCUAAAUACCUUAAAUAUACCUUAUACAUUUAUUGAAAAGACCUUAAAUAAACAAAAUAAACAUAAAGUUUGAACACGAAACCAUCUGAAAUGUAUUGUAUUGAAAAUGGUGUACCACUGAAGCUAAAAACAAGUGUCAUAAUUUAAACCACUGAAUAAAAUAUACGUUUAAACUAAAAACAAAGAAUACAGUGGUCUAGAAAUAAAACGGAUAGGUUUUAUAAUUACCUGUGUUAAACUAAUUAUUUUAGUUUGUUAAAGUUUAUCAUGUAACUAUGUAAGCUGUUAAGGAAUGUCGAAAAUAUGUAUAAAAAGCAAACAUUUGUGUUUAUAUGUAAGUACAGCAAAUGUGUGCUGGUACAAUGAGAAAAAGCGUUAAAGCUAUCAGCGCUGGAUGUGCGGUUUCAAAAAGUUUUUGUGUAAAACUAACUUUAAAUGGAUUUUAAACAAUUAAGUGUUUGUAAAGUGAUACGUAAAUACGUGCAUGUAUUCAUUUGAAAUAUUUCAUGAAAGUUUGCUGCCUUUUAUAAAGAGCUACUUAGGGAAAAAUGUUCAUCAAUUGAAAAAUAAAAUGCAUUGUAAUCGAACCACUUAAUUUUUUGGUUGAAUACACUAAUUUUCAAAGAAAGUUCGGUUGCAAAUAUAUAUUUUUUUAUUUGAAUAAUUUUUUGUAUAAUAUGCUAGUUUUUAAAUAACAUUUUAUUAAAUAAACAGUUUGCUGUAAUUAAUUUGUAUGCAAACUAUUGCUUUAUUGCUGCAUAAUGCUCAUACUAUUUUGUUCUCUAACAUUCCAUGCUAUCUUAAGUACAUAUUUAAAUAUUUUUCACAUCUUUCUUUAUUACUUUAUUAUUUCUAAGCACAAAGCCAAAACUUGUCCGUUAUUAUUUUUAUGGCACUGUCACUCGAGCGGAUUACUAUCCGAUUAAUGUACUGAUAAUAAUCAAGUAGUUACCGUUUGGUAGCGUUACCGAUAGCGUUUGUGAGGAUUUUUGAACAAAUAUAUUAUGAAAGAAGAAAGUCGAAGGUGGUUUAGUAGUCUCAUGUUGGAAUAUAAAACACAAAACAAAACAAAAAAAUUAAAAAUAAAACCAAAACUAAAAAUAAAACAAUUCAAAAACAUUGGUUUAAUAAUUGUAUACAUACAUACAAUAUAUAGAAUAAAAGGCUAAACAUAACGAAAAACAAUAAUGUAUUGAAAAUAUAUACAUACUUACAUACAUAUAUGCAACUUGAUGCAAUUACGAUGAAUUAUAACAAUAAUAAUUGUAAUGGAAAUUUACAAGUGUAAUAAUGUAACAAUUACCUACCCCUAUACAUACAUACAUACUAUAUACACAUAAUUAACGUUAAUAUGAAAUAUGAAAAUUAACUAUAAAGCUACCGCAAAUGAAGAUAUAGAGAUGAAGACGGCGUGUAUAAGGUUUAUGAUAUUGCUGAUAUUAAGAUAUAAUAUGUAUUAAUUACGUUAUGCAAACAAACAAGCAAAAAAACUUACAAAAAUUAUUGAAGCAAAGCGCGACAAAUAUGAAGGCAAAAACCCGAUAACAAAAACCAAAAAGAAAUUAAUAAAAUUUAAUUUUUAAUGUGUCUUUCGUUCCAA